CUCAGGGCAAAGACCUGGCCCUUUCCCCAGCUACAGAGUUGGGGACCCCUUGGCGCCUGCGCUCCAGACCUGGGCGAGGGGGGCGUGGUAGGAAGAGGAGUUGGCAGUGACCCCUCCCGGCCCGCCGGCGGCUGGAAACCGGUACCCUGAGCUUAGCGCGCACUAAUUGGUCUCUUCGGGCGGCGGCGGGAGCGCUCCAGCUGCGCGGGGCCGAGCGGUGUCAUCCGCUUAGCGCCCUCGCGCCACCCAGCGCGCCCGCCCCGCGCCCCUCCCGCCGCCGCCCCCACCGUCGUCUCUGCACUCCGAGCGGCCCGGGGAAUGCUCCGCGCUCCCGCGCCCGGCCCGGCUGCGGCUCGCGACACUCUCUGCCCGCGGAGACAUGAGGCGCGGCCCGCGGGCCGCCCUGGCGCUGGGGCUGCUGCGCCUCUGGCUGGCCCAGGCCAAUUUUGCCCCGCACUUCUUCGACAACGGGGUGGGCAGCACCAACGGAAACAUGGCCCUGUUCAGCCUCCCGGAGGACACCCCUGUAGGUUCUCAUGUAUACACCCUAAAUGGGACAGACCCUGAGGGAGACCCCAUCUCCUACCACAUCAGCUUUGACCCCAGCGCUAGAAGCGUCUUUUCUGUUGACCCCAAUUUUGGAAAUAUCACCUUGGUUGAAGAGCUGGACAGAGAGAGAGAGGAUGAGAUUGAAGCCAUCAUCAGCAUUUCUGACGGCCUGAAUCUGGUGGCAGAAAAAGUCACCAUCCUGGUGACUGAUGCCAAUGACGAGGCCCCCAGUUUCAUCCAGGAGCCCUACAUUGUCCAGGUUCCUGAGGACAUACCUACUGGGAGCAGUAUCAUUAAGGUCCAUGCGGUAGACAAGGACACGGGUUCUGGAGGGAGUGUCACCUACUUCUUGCAGAAUAUGCACGCCACCAAAUUUGCCAUGGACCGCCACAGCGGUGUGCUGCGCCUCCGGGCUGGGGCCACCCUGGACUACGAGAAGGCCCAAGCCCAUUUUGUCACCGUGGUUGCCAAGGAUGGUGGAGGGAGGCUUCGAGGGGCUGAUAUGGUGUUCUCAGCCACCACCACAGUCACAGUCAAUGUGGAGGACGUGCAGGACAUGGCCCCUGUCUUCGUGGGCACACCCUACUACGGCUAUGUGUAUGAGGACACCCUUCCGGGCUCGGAGGUACUGAUGGUGGUUGCCAUGGAUGGAGAUCGGGGCAAACCCAACCAAAUUCUUUACAGCCUCUUGAAUGGGAGUGACGGAGCCUUUGAAAUUAAUGAGACGUCUGGAGUCAUCUCCGUCAUGCAGAGUCCUGCCCAGCUCAGGAGGGAGGUGUAUGAGCUGCAUGUACAGGUGACUGAGGUCAGCUCUGCAGGGAUCCCAGCUGCCCAGGCCAUGGUCCCAGUCACCAUCAGGAUCGUGGACCUCAACAACCAUCCGCCUACGUUCUAUGGAGAGAGUGGACCCCAGAACAGAUUUGAGCUGUCUAUGUAUGAACACCCACCUCAGGGAGAGAUCCUGCGGGGCCUUAAGAUCACUGUCAACGACUCAGACCAGGGAGCCAAUGCCAAAUUCAACCUGCGGCUGGUGGGACCUGGGGGCAUCUUCCGAGUGGUCCCACUGACAGUCCUGAAUGAAGCCCAAGUCACUAUCAUUGUGGAGAACUCAGCUGCCAUUGACUAUGAAAAGUUCAAAGUGCUAACCUUCAAGCUCCUGGCCAUUGAAGUGAACACUCCGGAGAAAUUCAGCUCUACAGCAGAUGUUGUGAUCCAGCUCCUGGACACCAACGACAAUGUCCCCAAGUUUACCUCCCACUACUACAUUGCCAGGAUCCCUGAGAAUGCCCCAGGGGGCUCCAACGUGGUGGCUGUCACAGCUGUAGAUCCAGACACAGGUCCGUGGGGUGAAGUCAAAUACUCCAUCUAUGGGUCUGGGGCAGACCCCUUCCUGAUCCACCCAUCCACCGGGAUCAUCUACACCCAGCCCUGGGCCAGCCUGGAUGCUGAGGCCACUGCCAGGUACAACUUUUAUGUGAAGGCAGAGGACAUGGAGGGCAAAUACAGUCUGGCCGAGGUGUUCGUCACUCUGCUGGAUGUCAAUGACCACUACCCUCAGUUUGGAAAGAGUUUCCAGGAGAAGACCAUGGUGCUGGGGACCCCAGUGAAAAUUGAGGCCACGGACCAGGAUGCAGACGAGCCCAACAACCUGGUGGACUAUUCCAUCACCCACGCGGAGCCAACCAAUGUGUUCGACAUUGACACGCACACAGGGGAGAUCCGUCUCAAGAACUCCAUCCGCUCCCUUGAUGCCCUGCACAACAUUACACCUGGUGGGGACUUCACGUGGUCCCUAGAGGUGCAGGCCAAGGACCGUGGCUCCCCAUCCUUCAGCACCACGGCCUUACUCAAGAUUGACAUCACAGACACAGAGAUGCUGUCUCGGAGCCCCAUGGCCGCCUUCCUGAUGCAGACCAAAGACAACCCCAUGAAGGCUGUGGGUGUCCUGGCUGGCAUCAUGGCCAUCAUUGUGGCCAUAACCGUUCUCAUCUCCACUGCCACCUUCUGGCGCAAUAAGAAGUCUAACAAGGUCCUGCCAGUGCGGCGCGUGCUCCGUAAGCGGCCCAGCCCAGCACCCCGUGCCGUCCGCAUCGAAUGGCUCAAGUUCAGAAGGACCAAGGCUGCUGCCAAGUUUGUGCUCAAAGAGGAUCCUCCCAAUGAGAACUGCAACAACAACAGCCUAGGAAACACACUGCCCCCCAAAGCCCCAGCUCCCCCUCCACCACCCACAAUGGUGCCCAACAUGGGCACAGCCCACUGGACUGUGCCUACAGUCUCUGGCUCACUCACCCCUCAGCAACCCCAACGGUCACCAAAACCCAAGGUGGGAAGCCCCAUCCAAUCAGCUCUGGUCUCUGAGCUCAGGCAAAAGUUUGAGAAGAAGAGUGUGGGUAAUAAGGCUUACUUCUAGCAUGUGUCUUGUGGGCCCUAAUUUCCCAACCCCAACUAUCCCACUACUUGGGCCAUGCUCCCCACUAUCUGCUCCCUAGGGUCACCUGUGUUUUGUACAAUGAUGUAAGCCCCAUAUCCAUGGCUCUGGACAUGCUUUGGACAAGGGAUUUCUCUGUUUAUGGGAUGCAACUGGCAAAUACUUCCUCAUCACCCAGAUUGUUGGCACAGCUGUGAUGCUCCCCAUUCCACAGAGACUGGGAAUAGACAAAGAGCCAACUCUAAGGUGUCUACUACUCACCAACCUCAGACCUCACAGUCCCUCAGGUCCUCCUGGGGCAUUAGCAUCCUCAGUUGAGGAAGAGGGCCCUGGCCACAUGUGACAAGGCCAACCAGAAUCUGGAUCCUGAAGCCUCCAGCUAAGAACAGGAGCAGGAAAAGGAGGUUCAGUUCUGGCUAAGGUUGUGAUUAGUUGACCCUUGCAGGCUGUAGGAGAGCAAAUGCAUCAGGGCAGGGUGGUGAUGCACUGAAAACUGAUGCUGACUGUGGGGCUAUUCCUCAAAGUCAUUGGAAAGAUGUAGGAUGGUGUCUGAGUAAAGACCAUGGGCCCCUGCUAUGCAUGUGUGGGACCAGAGACACAAAGGUAUGGGAUGGCCCCAGCCAGAGCUGUCCCAGGCAGGCCCAGAAAUGUCCAAGCUAGCACCACGGUGGUAGUCCUAGAGGCAUCUGGAAGAGCCUCAAGACCCCUCCCCAGGGUGCUGCCCCUGCCCCCUACCACCCAGGAGCCCUUGAAAAGACAGUGCAGAGCUGAGAUCUGGAGAGACUUUUGUUUUUAUCCAGCUCUUUUGCUCAUGUGGUAUAACCUUGGGAAAAGCUGUUUAAAUUCCCUGAUCACUUCCUUUCCUCAUUUGUAAAAUGAAGAAAUUAAGUCCUGGCUGACUCACUCACAGGUCCAAGGUGAGGACUGAAAUAAAUAUGUGGUGACAAGGGCUUUAACCAAGUGCAAAGCAGCACAAAUGCAGAGUAUUUUUCUGCAGGCCAGUUCUCUGGGCUGCAGCUCCUCCAGAAAGUAUUAGGAGCCCUUCACACCAUUCUGCCAAGCACCCCCAGGAGGUCCUGUGCAGGGUUUGAGUACAGCCCCUGACCUGUGGCAGCCAGACCUGGAUGAUGUCAUUGCCCUUGACUCAGGCUCCUCCCAUCCAGUUAUGCCCCACCACACCCCAUGCAGCCCUGGCCAGCCAGUCAGAAAGGACCAAAGCCGGGCGGUACAUCCAUUUUGCCAAAAUGACAAAAACGAGCUUCCACGACAGGAGCAGUGCUGGAGGCCACACAGCUGGUUGGUAGCAGAGACCUGGUCUGAGGGCUCCUGACUCCUUGACAUUUUCCUUUGGCCGGGCACACCUUGUCAACUUGUGACAACCUCCCCCAGGAGAGAAGACAUGCAAGCCUCUAUGUUUAAUGCAGAGAAGUUCCGCCCAACUUUAAGGAAAGCUGCUCUAUGAGGAAUCUAGACGUGUGCAGGGAGAGGGAAGUAGAGCCAUUCUUUGCAUCUUGCUCCCCUCACUAACAACCGCUCUAGAGUAUCGUCAGUGAUUUUAUUUAAACAGACUAUAUGCACAUGUGGUUUUCCUGAUUUCCGAGUCUGUGUUUUGAGGUGUUACUCAGUUACGCUGGUGUGUAAGCUCCUUGCUGGGCUUUCUGCAGUCCCCAACCCAGAGUGUAUUAAGAGGUGAUUUCUAACAAGCUGGGAGCCCAGACUGAACCAAUAGGUAUUUUGCAGCCUGUAUUUCAGGAGAGGGCUGUGCUGGCUUAUGUUUUCUCUCCACAGGGAAUACACCAUCUUUACAUUUUGCAUGCAAUCAACCUCUUUUGUAAAUGGCGAAUAAAGUCUGUUAAGCAAGGGC